AUCUGCAAUUUUUGACAAAAUGAGUUUUAUUGCUUAUUGCAUGUAAAAAGUACUCUGUCAUAUUGUGGUGAAAGCGCUAAUUUGAUCUAUACAGUUUGAAUGAGUAACGUGAUUAGUAGUGACAUCUGGUAUAGGUAAGCUGAAUAUCUUUUAAUGUGACAGCGCGUAUCUGAAUUAGUUGACAUAGUAACGUGCUGUGGUAACAUUGUGUUGAUAAAGAUUAAAAUGAGUACCUCUAGAGGUCGUCAAAUGGUAACAAAUGCAAGAAAUGACGUAAUAGUUCACGUUUUAAACAAUAAUAUCAAGGACACCAUUAAGUGUGCCAUAAAAACAAACAAUGAAGAAGGCACAGUAUUGGAAAAUACCGAUGCGGAUGAGCUGGGACCUACAUUAUUAUCUUUGGAACAAGAGGUUGCCGCAGCCAAUCUGAUUUUAUUGGGGGAGUCUGCAGUAACAAACGAAACGUUUUCGACAGACAUAAACAAUGUUACUGAUGGAUUGCCAAAGGAAUCUGAUUUUGAAAAAGUGAGUAACUGGCUAAGGAAUAUUGACAAUGAACAUUUAGAUUGUGACGCAAUAUUAGAAACGGUUUCCAAUGAAAUUUCGACAAAUGAGCUCUCCAGGGACAAAACACAUCUAGAAUAAUUAAGAAAUGACGUUGCACUAAACCACGAAGGUAUUUUAAAUGAAGUGAUGUCGAGCUCAUCGUCUGUAAUUGCUGAUCAGAUUGAUGAAUCGUGGUUGACAGAAAACGAAAAUAAGUCAGAUUACUCA